CCGCGACCUGACACUGGCCCGAGCGGCUCCUCCCCGCUGCCGCCUGCGGCAGUCCGCUGGCGCGGCGCGCGGGGAGAGCAGCCGGCAGCAUCAGCGCCUGGACACUGCGGCUCCCCACGUCACAUUAUCUAGGUGCAUCAAUGAGGAGUCCAGGGAUGGCUGUGUUCAAACAACAGAAGGUGGAAGACGUUUAUGAAAUUGGGGAAGAGCUAGGAAGUGGCCAGUUUGCGAUAGUGAAGAAAUGCCAAGAGAGAAGCACUGGAGUGGAAUACGCUGCUAAAUUCAUUAAGAAGCGUCAGAGCCGGGCCAGCCGCCGGGGGGUGAGACGUGAGGAAAUCGAGCGGGAGGUGAACAUUCUGCAGCAGAUCCUGCAUGCCAACAUCAUCAAGCUGCACGACGUCUACGAGAACAGGACAGAUGUGGUCCUUAUCCUCGAGCUAGUGUCUGGAGGAGAACUUUUUGACUUCCUGGCACAGAAAGAGUCUCUGAGUGAGGAGGAAGCAACCAGAUUCAUUAAGGAGAUUUUAGAUGGUGUUAACUACCUCCAUGCCAAGAAAAUUGCUCAUUUUGAUUUAAAGCCUGAAAACAUUAUGCUUCUAGACAAGAAUAUUCCCAUUCCACACAUAAAACUCAUUGACUUUGGCCUCGCUCAUAAAAUAGAAGAUGGAGUUGAAUUUAAGAAUAUUUUUGGGACACCAGAGUUUGUAGCUCCAGAAAUAGUGAACUACGAACCACUUGGGCUAGCUGCAGAUAUGUGGAGCAUAGGAGUCAUCACCUACAUACUGCUCAGCGGCGCAUCCCCUUUCCUUGGAGAAACAAAGCAGGAAACUCUCGCCAACAUCACAGCGGUGAAUUACGAAUUUGAUGAGGAAUUCUUCAGUCACACCAGUGAUCUGGCAAAAGACUUUAUCCAGAAACUCCUGGUGAAAGACACGCGGAAACGGCUCACAAUUCAAGAAGCUCUCACUCAUCCUUGGAUAACGACUCACCAGUUGAUAGAAGAAACAAAAGUCCAAGAAAACAAGAAGGCUGAGAACAGUCAGCUGAAGACAAAACGUCUGAAAGAGUACACCAUCAAGUGCCAUUCAAGUAUGCCACCAAAUAACACCUACGUCAACUUUGAGCGCUUUGCCCGGGUGGUAGAAGACAUUUCUCUGAUGGAACGUGGUUUCAGCACUCUGACUGUGUCCCACGACUCCCUGCAGGAGGACAUCGAUGCUCUGGUUUCCAUAUAUAAUGAAAAAGAAGCUUGGUACAAAGAAGAAAAUGAAAAUGUGAGACACAAGCUUUCACAGCUGAAGUAUGAGCACCGUAAAAUUGAAUCCCUGAAGAAACAUCUGCAGGAUGAUAUCAAGACUGUAGGUUCUAGUCUUGCAAGUGUCACUGGGAAAUACAUUGAUCUAAAGUCUCAGUAUGAAUCUCUGAGUCAGGAACUUUCUGAGGAACUCAGGUGGAUCCAGGAUUUAAUGAGUAGUUUUCAGCUGGAUAAUGGAAAUGAUGCAUGUGUGAAUGGAAACUUUGGCUCUGUUUUCAACAAAGAUACUAAUGAAUCACUAAUGGAGCUGUUAAAUAGAUCUUGCUGUGAAGAAUUCCUUGCAGGCUUGAAUCUUGAUGUUGCAGAAUCAAGUCAGUAAUGGUUAAUAGGCAACAAUCUGCAUUAGAACCCCUAUCUUGCUGUCUGUCUGUCUCAAUGUGCAACAGUAAGAAAUCAUCUCAGUUUGUAACUUCAGAACAAAACCAUCACCUAUGCAUUAAAAUAGAAAUAUGGAAAUGUUGCACAAACUAUUGACCAAAAGCCUACACUCUGCAGUGGUUUUUGUGCUGAUGUGACCAGCGCAGUUCCUGAACCCUUAGAAUUAGAAAUCACUUUGUUUUAGGGCAUGUGUAACCGUGCAGUUAUUCUGCGCUAACAUUAUAAUAAUAUGUAAACAUACAGGUCCUGAAAAUUAUUAGGUAAUUCACUUGAAAUGAAAUAGUAUUUCACUCCUUAUUUACCAGAUUACAUAUUCUUUGAAGUCUAUAAAAUCGCCUGGUAGCAUUCUUGUUUGGAUGAGGGAAAUAGUCUUGCAGACUUGCUGGGGAUAAUUCUGCACAGCAGAUAAUUAAAAACACUUAUGAAGGUUAUUGCAGCCCUUUAAAAUGGAGCAAACGAUGCAGUGAUUUAUCAUUUCACACCAUGAAAAUAACAGCUAAUGAAGGAAAGUUAAGGUUAUUUGAUAGGCUAAUUAUUCAGGCUACAGUCUCUCUUUCACUGUUAUCAAAUGUUAGAACAGGGGUCCUCAAACUGUGGGGCACACACCCCCAAGUGGGUGCAGAGGAAUGUCUGGAGGGGGCACAGCUGGGGGGCAGGGAAGGCUCCGUCACCACCCCCAGUUGUGGGCCCCAGCCUUGGCCCCCUUAACCCUGUCGGUGUGCCCUCCCGCCCUUCCCAGCCGGAGCCCUGCUCCCAGACCCAGCUGGGGGAGGCGGGGGGCACAGACAGGGAUGGGAGGAGGCACGAAGUAAAAAGUUUGGGGACCAGUGUUAGAUACUUUUUAGUCCUUUAAUGUGAAGUUCUUGCAAUAAAAACAGCCAUGUUUUGUUUCAUGUACCAGAAAUAUUUUAUUUGAAAGACAGAAUGAUAAAUCUGCAAUGGAAUGACUGGAGAACUGUGUAUGUAUAUUUUGUUGUGCAAAUAUUAUAUUAUAUUAUGGAUGAUGAUCCAUCAGGCAGUGUCAAUAGACCUUUGACUUUUAUUCCAUAAUAAGAAAGGUCUGUCAAAGGAAACAAUUCAUUGACUCAGUGUGGUGGAACUUGAGACUGGUGUUUUUGUUCCAAAGGUCAUUUUAGAAACUUAUGAAAAAGGAAAAAAAGUCAGUGUUUAAACUGAAUAAUGCACCGUUUUCCUGUGUUUCAAAAGAAAGGUUAUUUGC